GUGAUAAGAAAAUAACAUUAGUCGUGCGAGCCACGAGGAUCUUAUCAGAGGGGGUGGAGAAAUAUCUCCUCUUGACUUGAAGUUGAGAGUUUAAUGAAGCAAUCGUACAUUCCAGUGUUGCAUGGCUAUAGUCGAUUUUGGGAUACGCUUCUUUAAAGACAGGCUUCUUCUUCCAGUCCUUCAAGUUGCUGCAAACGAAAUGGAGAAAAUAGCCUCAAUAUAGUCUGUUAUGAUUAGUUAGUCGCAACACGUAGUGUCGCCAAAGUUUAUGUAGGUUACAACAACUAGCCUACAGCUUAUUAGCCUAUUGCUACUUCUACUUUAAAAAGGGGAAGAUUACAGAAACGUGAAAAGGACGCUUCUUCGAGAUAAUGGAUAUCUGUAUUGUUUUGGGAUCCGCUGGUGUGUUCAAACUUAUGAAUGCAGCGCUGAAUUCGCUGCCAGUUCCUGCUGUUGCCCGCAAGAACACGUGGAGAUGGAGAAACAUAUCUACAUCAUUAAUUCAUAGUAUGCUUACGGGAGUUUGGGCUGUAGUUGGGUUCUAUCAGCAUCCUGAAAUGGCUAAAGAUCUCAUAUCAACACACUCUGCCCUCUCUCAUACCCUAGUGUCAGUUUCUACAGGUUAUUUCAUCUAUGACUUCAUUGACAAUAUCCUCAACCAGAAGCUCAGUGUAGCCUGGGAAGUCUUAUCUCACCAUUUUGUGGUGGUGGCGUGCUUCAGCAUUGCCGUUCUGACCCGUCAGUACGUGGGCUUCGCCGUGGUGGCCCUGCUGGUGGAGAUCAACUCGGUGUUCCUGCACGUGCGCCAGCUGCUGCGGAUGUCCGGCCGGGGGGGCGGCGCGUCCUCGUCCUCGGGCGCGCUGUGCCGCCUCAACAGCGUGCUGAACCUGGGCACCUUCGUGGCCUUCCGCAUCAGCACGCUGGCCUGGAUGACCCGCUGGCUGGCGCUGAACCGGACGCGGGUGCCGCUGCCGUUCUACGCGGUCGGGAGCCUGGGCCUGCUGGCCAUCAUGGUGAUGAACGCCGUGCUCUUCUACCGGCUGCUGCGCAGCGACUUCCUCCAGGCUGGCCGAGAGGGAGCGAGGAAGGAGAAGUGAAGAGACGACUCGGGAGUUCUGAUUGGCCCCCAGACAAAGGCCUCGUCCAAACACAUUACAAUACACUGCCUACCUCCUAAUGUAUAUUGUAUGUUUUCAUACAAUGUAAACAACUAGAGUUAGGCUUAAAUAUACAGUGCAGGUUAUGCAUCCAUUUACGGUACUCUUACUAAUGUAUAUGUUUGUACAGUCUUUAAUAUAAUUGAAUGUGUACAUGUAUACUUUAUAUUCAAAGAACAUGAAUGCUGUGUGUGAGUUUACUUUUGGUUUCCAUAUUCUCUAGAAUGUAACAGCCACAUCCUCAGAUGUAUGUGAAUUUACUGUACUAGGAAUCCUUAAUCCAGCCCCUAGUAACCCGGAUGUAGACUACAUUUGAACCACUCGUUAUUACUUAUACUCAUAUCAGACACUUAUCAGCAACCCAUUAAAUGGACAUGUGUUAUUUGAGAAAUUCUCAACUUGCAGUAGUUUAUCUUUAACAGGGGCCUACUGUAUAUCUGGGGCCUGGUGAGAUAUAUGAUAAGGGACACUGGCAUCAAGUUGAAGGUUCACACGCUCACAUGGAUGUUAGUUUAUUGUACCCAGAGUGCUGUCUCACAGUGUAGGCUCUUCUCAUUUGUCUUUUUAUCUAUCCUCCCU